AUGGUUGAGCCGGUGGGAUUCAUCGAGGCGUGGAAGGCUCAAUUCCCAGAAUCUGAGCCCCCCAAGAUGGAGCUGAGGUCUGUGGGAGGUAUUGAGCACGAGCUGGAGAGAUGCAAAGCCUCCAUCCGGAGACUCGAGCAGGAAGUGAACAAGGAGCGCUUCCGCAUGAUCUACCUGCAGACCCUCCUGGCCAAGGAGAGGAAGAGCUAUGACAAGCAGCGCUGGGGCUUCAGGAAGACUCCUCUCAAUGAGGGGGUGGACCCUGGCUCCUCUCAGGGGGCAGAGUCUCAGCAGCCACACAUGCAGGAGACAGGUGGGGUGGGGUAUGGCGCUGCUCCGAUUUUGGACAGAAGCCGCUACCCGGCUCAUGGUGAUGGAACAGGCAGAUCAAAACCUAGACCACCGCCGGCAAGGAAAUCAGCCUCCCACGGAGAUGGGCUGGAGUCUGCAUUCGAAGCACCCCAGCAGGCUGAGUCGACAUCCUGCGACAAUCUGGAUGGCCUUUCUCCCUCAAAGCAGAGAGGGGGUGUUUCUGCGUCACCCCGAAGGCCGGUGCUCCCACCCCCGGACAAGGAGCUGCCCUGUGACCCUAAAGAUAAGCUCGGGAUGGGUCUUGGUGUGGCCGCUCUGAGGUCGAACUUUGAGCGAAUCAAGCGGGCCAACUCUCACUCUGUAGGUGAUAAAGGUCAAGAGAAGCAGCCACCUUUGCCGCCACUGCCGCCGCCACCUUUCUACACAAACAUGGAGUUCCAUCACGACAGGGGGUUGGUUCGCGUCAAUGACCGUGAAGUCUCUGACAAGAUCAGCUCCCUGGGAAGCCAGGCCAUGCAGAUGGAGCGCAAGCGAUCCUUGCACUCGCUUCCUGGUAACCUGGCAACUGUGGCGGGGGAGCUCCGCGCCAGACCAGUGUAUAGGGGCCGCUCCACAGAGAGCACCUGUGGUUACGAUGCUGAAUAUGAAGAUGGGGAACCCAAUCAAAGACAUCAGCGAUCCAAUGGUGGGAAACCUCCACCUCCACCUUGGCAACCUUCUGAUUUCCAGGCCUACUCCAGUGUCUAUGUCGGUGGAGUGAUGAUGGGUGAAGGCGGUGGCGGCGGCGAUGCGCGAGGAGGUAUCCAAAUGAGAGACCAUGGAGGAGGUGAUGACCACCUCCUCACGUGGCCCCGCCGCUCUUAUUCUCCAGGGAGCUUUGAGGACGUCGGCGGUGGUGGCGGCUACACACCGGACUGCAGCUCCAAUGAGAACCUGACAUCCAGCGAGGAGGACUUCUCGUCGGGCCAGUCCAGCCAUGUCUCGCCCAGCCCCACCACGGCCUUUCGACGGCCCUUCCGUGAGAAGAGCCGCUCGCCGUCGCAGAAUUCCCAGAACUCUCAGCAUUCGUUCGACAGCAGCAGUCCCCCAACACCGCAGUCGCAGAAGCGCCACCAUCGGCAACAAGGCGGCCACGUGGUCAUGUCAGAGGCCACUAUUGUCAGUGUUCGCAAGACUGGACAAAUCUGGCCACCUGCUGUUCAUCACGGGAGAGCAUCGCAUGAUAACAGUUUCCAUGGAGACCACCUCGAUGGGCAUUACACUGGGACUCCUCCAUCUUAUGGGUAUGACGCCGAUCGGGCGGAGGAGCAGCGGAGACACCACGACAUCUUGCCGUAUAUCGACGACUCGCCUUCUUCCUCGCCUCAUUUGAGCUCCAAGAGCCGAAGCAGCCGGGACACCCUCUCCUCUGGAUCGUUGGAGUCCUCCAAGUCGACGGAAUGUGACCUGGAGAAAGGUUUGGAAAUGAGGAAGUGGGUCCUGUCUGGGAUUUUGGCCAGCGAAGAAACAUACCUCAGUCACCUGGAGGCAUUGCUACUGCCAAUGAAGCCUUUGAAAGCGGCGGCCACAACGUCGCAGCCUGUGCUUUCCAUAUCCCAGAUCGAAACUAUCUUCUUCAAAGUGCCUGAGCUCUACGAGAUCCACAAGGAGUUCUACGAUGGACUCCUGCCUCGCGUCCAGCAGUGGAGCCACCACCAGAGAGUUGGGGAUCUCUUCCAAAAACUGGCCAGCCAGUUAGGAGUUUACAGAGCAUUUGUGGACAACUACGAGCUGGCAGUGGAGACAGCUGAGAAGUGCUGUCAAGCCAACACACAGUUUGCUGAGAUCUCGGAGAAUUUAAAGGUAAGAAGCCCCAAAGACUGCAAGGAGUUGACAGCAAAGAACUCUCUCGAGGCUUUGCUUUACAAGCCAGUGGACAGAGUGACACGCAGCACACUUGUGCUUCAUGACUUGCUCAAACACACUCCCACAAGUCACCCGGACCACCCGCUUCUUCAGGACGCUCUGCGAAUCUCCCAGAAUUUCCUGUCCAGCAUCAACGAGGAGUCCACGCCUCGACGGCAGCUUAUGACUGUCAAGAAGGGAGAGAAUCGCCAGCUGCUGAAGGAUAGCUUCAUGGUAGAACUGGUGGAGGGAGCCAGGAAACUGCGACACGUCUUCCUCUUCACUGACCUGCUGCUAUGCGCCAAACUGAAAAAACAAAUUGCAGGGAAAAACCAACAGUAUGACAGCAAGUGGUACAUCCCAUUAAGUGAGCUGACUUUCCAGGGCCCAGAAGAGACCGAACCGCUCACUAUCCCACAGGUGCCAGAUGAAGAGCUAGAUGCAAUGAAGGUGAAAAUCUCACACCUGCGAAGUGAGAUCCAAAGAGAAAAGAGAGCCAACAAAGGCUCGAAGGUCAUCGACCGCCUCAGGAAGAAGCUGUCCGAACAAGAGUCGCUACUUCUCUUAACAUCUCCCAGCAUGCACCUAAGAGUCUACAACAAGAGUGGCAAGAGCUACAGUAUCCUCAUUUCAUCUGACUAUGAGCGUGCCGAGUGGAAGGAACUCAUCAAAGAGCAGCAGAAGAAAUGUUUCAAAGCCGCUUCUUUAACUUCCAUGGAGCUCCAAAUGUUGACCAAUGCAUGUGUCAAGCUCCAAACGGUCCAUCACAUCCCACUUAGUAUCAAUAAAGAAGAGGAUGAAGCCCCGGGUCUCUGCGGGUUCCUGAAUGUAAUCGUCCACUCUGCCUCCGGCCUCAAACAGAGCUUGAAUCUCUAUUGCACAUUGGAGGUGGACUCUUUCGGCUUCUUUUCAAAUAAAGCCAAGACGAGAGUAUAUCGAUAUACUACUGAACCCAAAUGGAACGAGGAGUUUGAAAUCGAGCUGGAGGGCUCGCAGACCCUGCGGCUGCUCUGCUACGAGAAGUGCUACAAUAAGAGCAAGCAGAACAAAGAGGACGGCGAGAGCAUGGACCACAUCAUGGGGAAAGGACAGAUCCCGCUGGACCCUCAGAUUCUCCAAGGAAAAGACUGGCAAAGGACUGUCAUUCCGAUGAAUGGGAUUGAGGUCAAACUGUCCAUGAAGUUCACCAGCCGUGAGUUUAGCCUGAAGAGAAUGCCCUCACGGAAACCCAUGGGUGUGUUUGGAGUCAAGAUAUCUACCGUGACAAAAAGAGAGCGUUCCAAGGUGCCCUACAUAGUCCGGCAGUGCCUGGAGGAGAUCGAAAGGAGGGGAAUGGAGGAGGUGGGCAUCUAUCGAGUAUCAGGAGUGGCCACCGACAUUCAGGCCCUCAAGACGGCCUUUGACACCAAUCACAAAGACGUCUCGGUGAUGAUGAGUGAAAUGGACGUCAACGCAAUCGCAGGGACUUUAAAGCUGUACUUUCGAGAGCUGCCGGAGCCAUUAUUCACCGAUGAGCUCUACCCCAAUUUUGCAGGCGGAAUCACUCUAUCGGAUAGUGUCGCCAAGGAGAGUUGCAUGUUAAACUUACUGCUCUCAUUGCCGGAACCUAACCUAGUUACCUUCCUUUUCCUAUUGGACCACUUGAAGAGGGUGGCAGAGAAGGAGAGCGUCAACAAGAUGUCCCUCCAUAACCUGGCCACCGUUUUUGGGCCGACUCUGUUAAGGCCUGCCGAAAAGGACAGUAAGAUCCCGACGAACCCCACCCAACCCAUCAGCAUGGGGGACAGUUGGUCCCUGGAGGUUAUGGCACAGGUCCAGGUGUUGCUGUAUUUCCUCCAACUGGAGACGAUUCCUACUCCAGACAGUAAACGACAGAGCAUCCUCUUUUCCACGGAGGUAUAG